AAAAUCACAGCACAUAGUAACAACAUAUUCAAUGACACAGCUGAUAGCCUAGCUAAAAGUCGAAAUCAUACAACUGACCUUGAAUUUCUACACAGUAAUAUCUACAACCCAUCAUACUAUCUACAAUACAAAACCUAUGCAUUUGAACAACCAAUUCGCAAAUCUAUUAAGAACAUCUGUAACAGCUACAUUAUAGCAAUGUGGUCUUCUCAACACCGAAUGGAAAAUAUUAUUCCUUUAGUAGCACAAAUUGAUUGA